GUAGCUGUCGUUUGCAAAACGUCCGCCUUUAAGGCCCCCGUCUCAAACUGAAAUUUACUAAGAACUCUCGUCAUGAAGAAUUGUUUAAAUAAGUUAAUACUCAUCGUUUCUAUUUUGGCGUUUGCACUAAACUCAGAGGCUUUUGCUUGCGAUGACGAUCUGGUGUGCGAACACGGUGUCGCUGACGAGGAGACGUGUGAGUGUCUUUGUAGCAGUGGAUGGUACGGUGAUCGAUGUGAUGAUAAGUGUAUAGACGACCGAGGAGAGACAGCCUGUAAGGGAUAUGCACACCUCUGUAACAACACGCAGUAUUUGAAUUUUGUUCGGAAGAAUUGUGCAGCCACGUGCGAAUUUUGUGAGAAAUUUGGACCCGGGUCAGAAGGUUUCAUUUGUGAUCUUCGCUGCUCCGAACCGGGAGGAACGGUGAACGCAGUAACCUGUACCUGUGAGUGCGCUAGUGGGUGGUUCGGCGAACUUUGCGAAGAUAAGUGUGAGGAUACCACUACAAACUGCCAGAGUUGGGGCGUGGAUCAGUGUGCUACGUCACAAUCAGUCAUUCGUCGUUGCCCCGCUAUGUGUGGGGUAUGUGAGGAAUUCGGACCGGGUUGUCCUGGCUUUGUUUGCUUGAAGGACUGCGUCAAUGGCGGUACGCUGGUCAACACCGAGCACGAAUGUCGAUGUCUGUGCGCUAAGGGAUGGGAAGGGGAACAGUGCGAAGUUAUGUGCCAGAACAGCGUCAAGAAAUGUCAGUAUGACGUCACAAAGCUCAACGGAGGCUCGCAUUACCGAUAUGAACAAUGUUUUACUGAAUCCUAUGUCUACGACAAAUGUCACGAAAUGUGCGGCAGCUGUGAGACGUUCGGGCCUGGUUCUCCCGGGUUUACGUGCACUCUGACCUGUCUUAACAAUGCAACCCUGAUUAGUAAUGCAACCCAUUGCUACUGCCAGUGUACAGACAACUACAUCGGGGUUAGAUGUGAAGCGGAAUGCAGAGAUCUGAAGCAACGUUGCAGACGUAUACGAGCUUCGGACUGCCACAAUCCAGACUACAUCCCGUACAUGAAACAAAACUGUCCAGUUAGAUGUGGGCUGUGUCAUGAACUGGACGUAAGCUGGGGUGACUUUUUUCUUGCAAACGCCGAGACGCCACGAACCGCCGAAGAACUUUUAGAAGAGAGAGCCCUCAACGGCCAAUCUCGAUCUCACCUCGGUGAUGGUAUUGAGGUGGUGUUUCUUAUCGAUAAUUCAGGCAGCGAAGGAACAGAUGAUUUUGAAGCAAAGCGCGCCAUGCUGCGUCAGUUCAUAGAUCGACUCGACCUCGCUACACAGGGAGGCAUUCGUCUCCUCUUCGCCACGUUCGCCUACACAAUCCGAGUGGAGAACAACCUCUACGACAUCAUCGUGGGUUCCAAAGAGUCAGCUCUCAAAUCUCUUCAAGACAUUUCGUACGAGGGUGGAGAAACUCGUCUUCGCCUGGCGCUGCGCACCGCUAUGAACAACAUCUUCGCGCAUUCCCGAAAUAACGCGCGUCAGGUCUUGUAUGUCAUGACGGACGGCCUGUUCGCAGACAAUGACUUCCCGGAGUCCAGCGCGACCAAGCUCCAGAAGAGAGGCAUAGAGGUAUACGCCUUGCCGACAAAUGAAUUCUAUGAUGACGACGCUUUGGCAUCUCUCACAAGCUAUGCCGUAGAUCACGUGGUUCUCGUCAAUUCUGCGGACGACAUCCCACUACCUUAUUAACAUUCUCCAUCUAUUUGAAGUGUGAUACACAGUAAUAUACUCCCAUGUUCAAUCUUUUCAUUUCAUUUCCGACCUAUUUUGACUUAUCGUAGAGAAAAUGUUGAUAUUAUUUACUCAAAUAAUUAUAAAUUCCAUUAAUUUCUAACACAUUUUGUUAGCAUUAAAACUCAAAGGCAUGUAGAGUUACCCCUUCGGGAUAGAGUAUUCUUUAUUUUCGAGAUGGG